UGGCUUUGCAAAUUGCAAACUUGUUCGUGCCGAUUUCUAUUGAAUUCUCUUCGGCAAUGGACCAGAAAUUGAUGAAUCUGAGUUCGUGUUUGUCCUUUUUAUUUACUUUUUCCCGUUUCUGAACCUCCAAUUCGAGUUCAGCUUUUCAUAAUUUGUUCUUUCAGAGAGAAGUUUUGAGGCUCUGAAAGUUACGCUGAAAAGCAAAAUUUAUGUCGUCUUCUUUUCUUUGCCUUUGAUGUGCGGUAACGUUUCCCCCACUUUUUAUUUUAUUUUGUUUGCUAGGUAACUGUUUCCCCUAUUUCCAUCGACAAAGUUUGAAGUUUUCCACUUAUGAAAAUGUUUGUGUCCAAGUAAACUAGAUAUGAGAUCAUAUGUUCUUCAACGUCCCCUCAAGACUUCAGGAUCAAAAAUGUUUUAUAAAACUAAACAAUUUUUUGACCAAGUAGGGGAGGUCAGUAAAAUUUUCAAAAUGUGAGGGUUAUCCACUGUAAUUCAGUGAAAAUUUAGGUGUGCUGAGUGUAAUUUACCCUUUUAUUCAUGCCACUUUCACCAAGUUGUUCUAGACGAGCAUCUACCCAAAGUUUUUGUCUUCUUUGUCACAAUUGCAACUCUCUGUUUCAUUUUAGUUUUGGUAGCUCUGCUCCGACAUCUUGUUUCUAUUUUUCACUUUCGUUUUUUUGGUCUAAGUUAGAAAUCAGGAGGGGAUAUACUGAUUACUCAGAUGAACAAAAGGAAAAAUUAUUAACUGGCUAUAUAUUAAAGAACAAGAAGAAGGCUGCAUACAAAUACUUCUCUCCCCCAACACCGCAAAGUGGGGGAGCCCUGUGCAUUUUGGAGACCUUUUGGCCUAUUGUGGCCAUGUAGCUCAAUAAAUGAGCAAAUGUGCUGCUAGAAGACUGGCUUUUGUGGCAUCUACCUGCUUUUGGUAUGCUGAUUCAUGUUGUCUGACUGGUCACCAGUAUUUUUGAUACACGUCUCACAAGCUAUAAUGUUUCUUUAAUGCUACUGCUGGUUUGAUUUUUCUUUCUUUCUUUUUCCUUUUUUUUUUCGAAUGCAUACUUGGUUGACGUCAGGAUGGUGUUAGCAAUUAAGCUAAUUCCCUCUUCUCCUUCAAUUAAUAAUUUCACUCUUUCUUGAUAUUUUUUUUUCCUGAAAAAAGAAAAAAAAAAACUUUUAUUGGAUGUCAAUGCUGGGAUUGAUCUUCUCAUUUGAAGUUAUUGCCUUAUUUUUAAGAAGUAACUUUUUCAUUACAAUGCUUGUAUUAAUGUGUGAAGCAAAUUUAUGUCAAUAAUACCUUUAAGGGAUUUUUGGAGUAAAAAGGACAAGCUUUUUGCUAAUGUGAAUAAUUUGAAAUCAAGAAUCUUUUUAAGAAGGAAACUUAUUAAGGUCAAUUUGGAAUCUUUUUAAGAAUCUUUGAAUAAUUUUACCAUAUUUUCCAUAGGCUACUGAUCAAUGUUUGACAACAUUUAUUACCUAAAUAUGCUACACUACACUUUUAGUAUAUCAUUUUUUGCCUGAGGGUAAGCCAGUAAAAGGUACAAUGAAUCAUUCAUGCUUUUGAAUAUAUCCCUAGUUUUCUAGUUAACUCUGUUUUGUGGAACUAAAUUGUCCGAUUGUAAUAACCACAGUUUAGCUGAGAUGCACAAUCAGGCAAGGGAAUAUGCGUAUUCGCACUUUUAUAAUUAUCCAUAUUGCAGGCACCUGAAUUGGAUGUGACAAUCAGGUUGCUUCAAUGGUUUGUGAAAUGGAAAGUGACAGCUUAGAAGAUAUGGACAUUGAUGUCCUCUCGUCAAUGUGGCCUGAAGAUAUAAAUGAAGCUGGAAAACAAUUCAAUAUAGAAAGGCCAGGAGCAGAACAAGAUAUGUUGAAGGAGGUCACAAUCAGUGAGGAACCUAUUAUAGUUGAUUUCAAACGUCUUUUAGAGUUAACCAACUACAGUGAGAAGGGCUCUGCACAGUUGGCAUACCUUGUAAAGAACUGGGAAUAUAAGCAUGCUAAUGCUGUGCGACUUCUCAGAGAAGAGCUAGACAAUCUGACGAAGCAACAACAGGAAGUUGAGCUAAAACAAUUGGAGAUUUUAGAGGAACAUCGUUUUGAGGAAGAAAGUUAUUGCGGUGAUAAGCGUCAAGUUUCUAUAUUGGAUGAAAUGAUAUAUGAUAUAUGGCCAGAUGUUCCUCGGAGGAGAAAUGAUGUGGUUGUUCAAAAUAGAGGACUAGAAAUAGAUGCCGAGUGUGACACCAUGAUGUACUGGAAACAGCAAGCUGCCCAUUUAGAGAAAUUGUUGGAGGCUAGCAUCCAGCGGGAGCAGAUACUCAUGGAGAAGUUGCAGGAAAGCAUAAAAAAUUUGGAAAGACAGUCAUCACCGGUGGAGGAAUUGUCCCAGAUUCUAAAGAGAGCAGAUAAUUUCUUGCAUUUUAUUCUCCAGACUGCACCAAUUGUGAUUGGCCAUCAGGAUAAAGAGUUGCGUUAUCGUUUCAUCUACAAUCAUUUUCCAAGUUUGAAUGAGGAGGACAUCAUAGGAAAAACGGAUGUCGAGAUUUUCACGGGCUCUGGUGUUAAGGAAUCUCAAGACUUCAAAAAAGAAGUUUUGGAACGAGGACUACCGGCAAAAAGGGAAAUUACUUUUGAGACAGAACUCUUUGGGUCAAAGACAUUUCUAAUCUAUGUGGAACCUGUCUUCAGCAAAGCAGGAGAAACUAUUGGCGUAAAUUAUGUGGGGAUGGAUGUAACCGAUCAGGUGAGAAAAAGGGAAAAGAUGGCAAAACUACGGGAGGAAAUAGCAGUACAAAAGGCAAAAGAGACAGAACUUAACAAAACAAUCCAUAUUACAGAGGAAACAAUGCGAGCAAAGCAGAUGCUAGCAACCAUGUCUCAUGAGAUAAGAUCUCCACUAUCAGGAGUUGUGAGCAUGUCUGAGAUCCUCGCCACCACAAAUCUUGACAAAGAGCAAAGAAAACUGUUGAAUGUCAUGUUAUCUUCAGGAGAUUUAGUGCUUCAACUUAUAAAUGACAUCCUGGACCUUUCCAAAGUUGAGUCAGGAGUUAUGAAGUUGGAAGCUACGAAAUUUAGACCAAGAGAAGUAGUAAGACAUGUACUUCAGACAGCUGCAGCAUCAUUGCAAAAGAUGCUGACCCUGGAAGGUCAUGUAGCAGAUGAUGUUCCUGUAGAGGUUAUUGGAGAUGUUCUAAGGAUUCGACAAAUACUCACCAACUUGAUCAGCAAUGCAAUCAAGUUUACCCAUGAAGGAAAGGUUGGUAUAAAGCUCUAUGUCAUAGCGGCACCAUCUCCUGGAAUAGAGGAAGGAUCUAACAGGAAAAUUUCUGCUAAUUGGUCCAAUUUCUCAGCAAAAACACAGGAACCCAAUAAAUGCUUAUCAUUGUCAGAUAGUGGCUCUGAGUCAAAUGGUUUUCAUGAACAGAAGCAUCAGGAAGGUUCUUAUGCAAAUCAUUCACUUGAUAAGGAACCCAAAACUCCAGUUAAAAAUAGAACCUCCAUGGAUGGAGGAGAAGAGAACCUCCCUCACCCACAUGACAAAACAGUGUGGGUGGGCUGUGAUGUUUAUGAUACAGGGAUUGGGAUACCAGAAACUGCUUUGCCUUCUCUAUUCAAGAAAUACAUGCAAGUAGGUGCAGACACAACAAGGAAGUAUGGCGGGACUGGACUAGGCCUAGCAAUCUGCAAACAACUGGUUGAGCUCAUGGGUGGUCAUCUCACAGUGACCAGCCAAGAGCAUCGUGGCUCUACAUUCACCUUUGUAUUACCAUGCAAGGUUUCAGCUGCAUGUGAUAAUUCAGAUGAUCCUGAUGAACUGUCAGAUAUACAUGAUCAUGACAUUCUACCAGAUGCUAGUGACACCGAUACAAGUUCUGGAACUUUCAAAUUCCAACCACACACCUUAGGUUCUCUUUUCUCUUCUAGCAGUUCCAGCAGGGCUAAAAGAUUAAUAGCAAACAAUGUUGCUUUUAGUGCCUCAAACCAACACAAUGGUUUAUCAGAUGAUCCUUAUCCAUUUCCCACAAGUAACAUUGCGUCAAAAGAGAUGAGUUCAUUAGAGGAUACUGGUUUUCUGGUUGAUGAUGCGGAUGUGUUAUCUGAACAAGACACUUUACUGAGGCAGAGGCCAGAUUCUAAUAAGAAAGUUGCAGUUGGCAGUGAGAUUCAGUCUCACAGCGAGGAAAACAAUCAAUUACAGAACCAUUCUGGGGUUGCCUCUCAUCCCUCAAUGGUGGAAGACAAACAGGUGGGAGAAAUAAAGCCAAGAGAUUCCUGGGAAGCAGGUGAGAGCCAGGAGAGAUCAAACAGAAGCUCCCAAUGCAGUUCUAGCAGUGGUCCAGAAAUUUCUAAAUCAAUGUCGAAACCUAAGAUCCUACUUGUGGAGGAUAACAAGAUCAAUGUGAUGGUAACACAGUCAAUGAUGAAACAGUUGGGCCACAGCAUAGAUGUUGUGAAUAAUGGAGUCGAAGCUGUCUGCACAGUUCAGUCCUGUAGUUAUGAUCUCAUUCUGAUGGAUGUAUGCAUGCCAGUAAUGGAUGGUCUUGAAGCUACAAGGCUUAUUCGUUCUUUUGAGGAAUCUGGCAACUGGGAUGCUGCAGUUAAAGCUGGAAUUGAGCUACAAGUGCCUCCAAAUUCAUCACAUGAUCAACAAUUUAACUGGUCUAGAAAUCGGAUGCCCAUCAUUGCUAUGACAGCAAAUGCAUUGGCAGAGAGUGCAGAUGAGUGCUUUGCAAAUGGUAUGGACUCAUUUGUAUCAAAACCUGUUACAUUCCACAAGUUGAAAGAAUGUCUUGAACAGUAUUUACCGUGAUAUAUUGGAAUUGUGUGGAAGUUCCUGAGCGAUAUAUAUCUCAUCUUAUGCUCAACCAUUGAAGUCUC